AUCGAGGAUGCUUUUUUGUGUAGUCGGUGGGGUUUGGAUGAGUCUAUUGGUUUGAAAAUGGCUGUUUUGUAUUUCAUUCAGUGUUUUCUUCUUAGCAAUACUCCUGACAAAGAAGUGUCUAGGUUUGUUCUAGAUGUAGUUGAUAGCGGUCGGUGGGAUGAGUAUUGUUGGGGUAGGGAAUCAUUUGAAUUGACAAUUGACUCAUUCAAAGGUAGGAUUGAGCAUGGGAUCAUUAUGAAAAAUAGAAAGGCAGAGAAGGGAGGCCAAUAUGAUGGCUGGUAUAGGGCAUUGGGAUGUCCUUGGGUUUUCACUGUUUGGUUUUAUGAAUGCUGUCCUGCAAUGGUGAACUCUUUCUGUAAGAGAGUUUCAUCUUCUAUUCCCAGGAUUCUGAACUGGAGCAACACCAUCGUCACCAAAAAUCCAACCCUUCGAGACUUGAAGGGCAAGAUUUUUGAUUUACCUUUGGAGAAGUUGAAGAUAAAAAACAUGCGUCCUACUGAUGAAGAGAGGCAGCAGCUUCAACUUGACGGUCUAUUUCUCGAUGAAUCUAUUGAUGAACGUGGUGUAGCGAAGCAAUCCUUCGAGGGUGGCUCAUCUUCAAAGAAGUCUGAUUCAGCAGAUAUUGAUUGGAUGAAAUCUAAGCUGGAGAUGCUCAGUUCGAAUCAAUCAUCAUUGGUCGAGGACUUCAUUUCGUUGAGGUGUUUUGUUGAUUUUAAUUUUAAAUCCGUAAUGACUGUAAUUAAGGAUAUCCAAGAGAAGGUUAAUGCCAUUCAUCGUCGUCCUUCUGACGAGGGAAAGUCAUCGGAUGAAUUAGUAACUCAAGAUUCUGAUGAUGAUCCUGAUGAUGAUGAUGAUGAUGAUGAUGCCGAGGAUGAUGAGAAGCAAUUGCCUGAUCCAGAAAAUAUUGAUUCCGACUCCGACGAUGGUGGUGAGUUGGUUAAAGUUGGUGGGGAUGCUGAUGAUGCUGACAAGGUCCGUUACCGCCGUUCCUUCGCCUGA